AUGACGGACAAUAUCUUCAAAGGUCUACCUCCUCCGUCUUCUCAACAGCAAGAGCUUUCGAAUUCUUCAAAUCCAAACGAGUCGAAAGAUGAAAGUCGCUCCCCAGCUCCGACUCUGGUUCUCAAGAGCUCCCUGAAGCGAUCUAAACCAGCAGAAUCUGCACCCAAUGUCUCAGAUUACGUCUUUGAACUUAAAAAACAAAACUUUGAUGUUGUUUUGACUGAUCUUACUAAACGCUCAAAUCUCACAGCUCCUCCUGCUCUCAAGAGCGCACUUAAGCUUACCUCAUUGCGAUGCUCGAAGCUGCAAUGUCAUCCCAACCUUACUCUAUGUGCUGUCCUGGGUGGGCUGCCAUCGAAAACUCCUUGUAUUGAUCGCUUGGUUAGAGCAGACUAUCAUGCUUUGUUCUCAGCAGCUCAAGAUGUCGCCGAGUGUAAUAAAGAUUGUGCUUCAGUUCUGCAAAGAGAACUCCUUGAAUCAAACGUUCCAGACACUACAAAGAGUAUGGAUCUUAUAUCUUCUUUGCCUCACCAGACUUUGGUGAUGUACACUCCAGGCCAGUCUCCUCUUCCUUCAGAAACCCAAUCAGCAGAGUUUUACAAAACAGCCUCAUCGAUGCUCCGUGGUGCAGGUUAUGAGCACUAUGAAGUCAGCAGUUACUCGAAAGACGGGUUCAAGUGCAAACACAAACCCUUCUAUGCAUUCGGUUUGGGUUCGGCGAGUUACGUUGGUGGGUUGAGGUUUUCAAGGCCAAGGAAGCUUAAGGAAUACACAAACUACGUCGCCGACUUGGAGAACGGCGCAGCCAACUGGUGUGGAGACGGUAGUGUUGAUCUCAAGGAUGUUGCCCCAGAUGUUAUAAUGCUAUCUUUCAGAACAUCUAAAGGGCUUGAACUUAAAGGAGUUUGGAGGUAGUGAACUCGAUUUAUAAAGUGUAUGAGCCUUAUGUGGAGAGUGGGCAUAUUGUUUGUUUGGAUGAAGUGAGAAGAGAAGUGAUGAGUGAUGAAUUCAAAAAGUUAGUUGGGAAUGAUGAAGUGAAGAUUGAAGAUCACGUGAGGUACCUUAGGAGAUGGGACUCUGUUCUUUCUCAAGUGUCUCAGCUUAAGCUUCACAUGAAUAAACUAGAAGACCUUUAUGAACAGUGAUGGCUACUAUGGAGAAGCCUAUUGAUUCAAGCCAUGGUGAUUCUGCCACUUCUUCAAAUCAGGUACCACUUCUUCAAAUCAGGUACAUAUAGACACAUACAAACAUAUGUAUGCAAAGUACGAAUCUUUGAAUGAAUUAGACAUGUCUAUAAGAGGAAUUGUGGUUCUUGAACUGAAAAUAUGAAUUUUUUUUUGUUCUAAUUGCAUGAUAUGGCAUUUUUGUUUUAAUUUUAAUAAAAAUGUUUAAUAAU